CACACACACACCCAGUGUGAGGACGAAUAAGAAGAGCAGCUCAACAGCCAGGACUCCGAGCAGGAGAGAAGUUAAUAAUCUUCCUGUUUCUCUCCCGGGAAAAGGCCGGCGUAUCCCUGCAGGGUGAAGAUGUUCAACAGCAGCAGUUCAUACAGUUAUGCAGAUUCAUUGCAUUCCAGCUACUCUUUAGAUGACACAUCCUCAGAGAGCUCCAGUUUAUCACGACCCAGCGCUAAAGCCAUCUACAGUGAGUCUACAAAUGCACACGCAAACACACAUACGAUGUGUGUUCAGGUUUUUAUUUGUGUGCGUGUGUGUGUGUGUGUGUGUGUAGUGCGCAGGAAGGAAUAUGCCGAGUCCAUCAACAAACAGCUGGCCAAGUUUCAGUACCGAGUAGAGCACCUGUUCACCUGUGAGCUGGAUGGUGUGGAAGUCUCGGGACUGCAGGACUGUGUGGAGCGGCUGAAGCUGUUGGAGACGAUGGGUCGAGUGUGGGGACAGGAAAUGAACCUGGAGGUGGAAAAUGAAAAUUUGCUGCUGAGAGACAUUGAAACUAAAGAGGAGUUGGACUGUGUUCCUCUGCUCAGUGUGUCGGAGGUGACAGCGAUGUUGGACACGUGUGUGUAUAACUCUCUGCUGAUGAUCUCAGUGUGUGAGCGACAGGUCGUCAGUGUCUUCAUGUUCCAGUGCGACUCUCUGAGAGCUGAUUAUAUCAAACGAGAUCUGGACCGAGCAGUACAGAACACCAACACCACCAACGACAGGGGGCGACUCAGGACCCAGAUGAUGAAAAAUAACAGAAACACACACUCCCCUCCAGAACAGAGAGAAUUGACUCCUCCUGAAGAAUGGGUUGUUCCAGAUUAUGAUCAGACUCCGCCUCCAACUCCAGCUUCACCCAGAAGUAGACAAGAGCCAGUCUACAAUAGAACAGCAUCACUGACUCCACCCCCUCACUCAGAGAACACACCCAAACAGCCAAACCCACCUACUGCCCCUAGCCACGCCCCCUACACAGAGAGAGACAGGAACGUGGACAUCCUGAAUCACCUCAUUAAUGACAUCGAGCAGUUUGUGAAUCUCGUUCUCACUGCAGUUCCGAAAGUUGACAAGAAGAAGAAAAAGAAGAAGAAGAAUCAGAAAGGAUUACCCUCAGAGGAGGAGUUUAAAAUUUGCCUGCAGAAAAUCAAAAUGGCCUUCAACCUGUUGGCAACAAUGAACGGUCAGAUUCAGUCCCCCAGUGCACCAGAGCUCACACACUGUCUUUUCUCCACACUGGAAGUGGUAGUGAGUCGGUGUGCAGAUGAUCUCCCUGCGUGUGUAGUUGCACCGUUGUUGGAGCCGGAGUGUGUGCGCUUUCUGAGUGGGGAGGCAACACAGGAGGAGGACCAGCUGUGGCAGUCACUAGGAGACGCCUGGAACAUCCCCAGGACUCAGUGGCCAGAGGAUGAUGAUGAGAUUCCAACCUUCACUCCGGUUUUUGACGAUGGUUGGGAGCCACCGGAGAUCACAUACACUGAGAGGAAAACGUUCAAUCGCCAGGAGAGCCAGCAGUCCACCACGGGGCAGGUAUACACACACACACACACACACACACACACACACACAGUAAAAUUUAUUAAAUGUUAUGUUUGUCUGUUUGUGUUUCAGAGCAUUAUAUCUUUUCAGACGGCAAAUAGGAGCUCUGAGGACGUGCCAGCGAGCUGUAUGCGUGUGCUGUAUGACUUCAGAGCGAGAAACGACCGAGAGCUCAGUGUGAAGAAGGGCGAGAUGGUGGAGAUUUUGGACAUGUCUAAGCAAUGGUGGAAAGUGAGGAAUGAUUGUAGUGAAGAGGGUUUCAUUCCAAAUAAUGUCCUGAGGUCCACUGAGAAUGAAGACACACAGGGGGCGGAGCCUAACCCGGUCCUGACCAGGAAGUCUCGGCCGGAGGAAGUAAAGGUCUGGCUGGAGCACAAAGAGUUCAGCAACAUCACUGUGCGCUGCCUCGGGGGUCUCAGCGGCGGGAUGUUGUUGGGGAUGACGUUAGAGGAGUUGAAGAUUGUUUGCCCAGAAGAAGGAAGACGAGUGUUUUACCAACUACAGAACAUCAAAUCAGCACUAGCUCUCGCCAAAGAAGUGAGUCUGCUGAACUGAGAGUUCAAAAGGAGAGAAACUACACCACAAUGAAGAAAACACACACACACACACACACACGAGCGUGUACAGUUAGUACUUUAGAUGUGUAUAAUACUGAUUGUGUGUACAUGUUACCUGCAUGCACCCUGCUUUACUUAUUUAAACACCUGAGUGUUUUUGACUGGGUUUACCUGUACAUACCUGGAGAAGAAUUUACACUGGUUCAUCUCAGGGUUUGUCCUGUUUAUAUUCUUUAACAUUCUAAUGAUUAUAAAAAAUAUCAACAUUAUUAAAAUUAUGAACAGAAAACCUACCAAUUGUGCACAUUUCUGUCUGAUGAGCAGAUAAGCCCAUGCUUUAGAUUCCAACAGUACCUGUCCGUCCAGGUGUGACUGACACACAUCAGCAUAAAUUGGAGGUGUGACGGCGGCAACAAAUGAAACGUUAAACAACUAAAAUAAACUAUCGUGUGUGAAGAAAUGUUACAUAUGAUGACUUUAAUGCCAUCGCACCUCUGAGUAAACACAUAACAUUAUAGCCAAUCAAAUUAAGUGUGUGUGUGUGUGUGAAAGAGAGAUACUGAAAAAAAAUCAACCUUUGGAAAUGUAAAGAUUUUAUUAAAAAUGUAAUUAUGUAAACAAAAGAAUAUACACAGUUAUCAUAAUGUAAAUAAAUAAAAUUAUUAUAAUGAA